AUGCUGACACCUGAAGAAAGAGAAGCUUACUUUGACACUUUUGGCCAGCUGGAUCGCAUGCUCAACCUCAUGACUGCGUGUCCCACAUUUCUCCAUAGCUACGGCAAUGCCACCAUGGCUUGCCCGUGCGGGUGCCGGGCCACAGGCUUUGCAGUGUAUCGUUUGCAGAAAGGAGGUUUAAGAGGUUUUGUGAUAUGUAGCCAGUCAGGUGGUCCAAGAUUCUUGCACCCCAGAGAGGUGGGGUUUCUCAUGGGGUUUCCAGGCAGUCUGCCGGUGGCAACAAACCUACGUGACACCUUGUGCCUUUUGGGGCAGUCAGCAUCACCUUUGCAGAGCCUGUGGAUGUUUCAACAUGUCACUCAGGUCCUGUUUGCUGAACAACAUGUUGAUCCCAUGGCGGCAAUUCGUUUGUACAAAACCAAGUUGUUGUACGACCAAUUUCAUGCCUGGAUUGUGCCGAGCUUGUAUCAAGACACUGAGGUGAGAAUGUCCAUGUCAGAUGGUGCUGAUUUGGUUUUUAGCAAGACUGGAUUAGUUUCAGUGUCUCAAGCUCUUGCAGCACUCCGAAUGCAGUGUGAACCUGACCAGUAUGUUCAAUUGCUUGAUGGUGCAACUUGUGUCCCGCCAGAGGCGUAUUUGCACCCACAUGGAUUUCAUGGCCCAUACCACUUGCUGAUCACGCAUGGCACUUCCGCGAAACCCGCAUCCGAUGUUCUGGUGACCUUUGAGGGUCUGGACACCUUUUGUUUGCUGCAAGUUCCGGCUGGUUCUUUUCUGUUUGAUGUGUUGCGGCGCUUGGACUUGUCGCCUUUGGCUGUGACUGUCACUUCACGGGACUCGGUGGUUGCCCCUGAACAACGCAUUUGGGUCAGUGGCCAGUUUUGCAUCCAUCGGCAUGUUGGUGCUGGCAGUAUGAAGCGUGCUGGUCUCUCUGUGGACUUCAUACACCUUGCUGCACAAAGCCUUUUGGGACGGGUUUAUCCCUCGAUUGCAGUGUCUUUGUUUGGCUUGCUGUGGACGUCCGGCUCCUGGAAGCUCAUGUUUGGUUCGUUUCCUUCCAGCCCUUUCACUGGUGUGGACUUUGGACUUUGCUGCCUUCUCAUGGAGGGUCAUUGGACUUUGCUGACCUGGACGGUGUUGGGUUCUUUCGAUCAGCGCUUUCAGGUGCACGUGGAAUUUUGGGAUGGCUUUGCCCCUCGUAAGGCUCCGCCUUGUGUUUUGGCCUUGGCGGAUUUCUUCAUGACAUCCUGGACCGCGGACUGUGUUUCCUGUGACUGUCCAUGCUUGUUCCCUCAACAGCUUCCGUAUUCUUGUGGAACCAUUCUGUUAGCACAUUUGGGUUCCUUUCUGGGGGCUUUGGACUUCGCUGCGGCUUUGGACUUUGAAGCCUUGCACCCCCACUUGGAGCACUUGGAUUUUGCCCUUUUCCCUGCUAACCAUAUGUUUCUAAACUUGUUUGGAACCGGAAAGUCUGAGGGACAUGUCUCUGCCGAUCAAACCAUGGUUUACCAGCUUGCCACCUUUUUGCGUGAAAAAGGAGUACCAUUUGAUCGCGCUGAGGAACGCGCCACUCUUGCUUUGAAAAAGCUUGGGCUCAAAGAACUUGAAGCGGCUUUCAAAUCACCCAAUCCUUGGCAGUACCUGAAAGCCAUUGCUAGUCGUCCCCAUGUCUCUUUCCAGUGGAUUAAGGCGGAUGAGCUUCAGGCCAAAAUCCGAGCUAAGGCCAACAGCAAGUUUCACAUUCAGGUGAAGCCCAAGCAUUCCAAACAGGCCAAGCGUGGUGAGGCCCAGCCUUUGUGGAUUGAUCCGGAUCAAUUGCAGCUUGUCCCAGGCACCUUUUUUGCACAGAAACAUGAGGUUUCACAGAUCGCUUUCAGUGAAGUGACACCACAGGCAGGUGGAUUGGCUUUUUGUGCAGUUGCUGAUGCUUUGCCUUUUCUCCGUGCUGGGCAGCAGCUUAGUGACAAAGCCCUUGGAUUGCUUACCACAGCCGAGAUCCCCAGGGACCAAGCCAACGGAUUGGUAGUCCUGAACUUGCGUUUCCCUGCCCAGUACCGUGGUACCAAUGAGCCUGUUUUGAUUUUGGGUAGUUUGGUGUUGCUUGGAGCGAUUCCUAUUGCUCGUGGGGGUGAUUCCGCAAAGUGCACAUUGGAAAGCUUGCCCACUCAAACUCUGCGCCUGUCGGUUUUUCGCGACCAAUGGGAGGGCUCGUGGGAUGAUUUCAUGAUGCAACCUGUGCGCGCCGUCCUUUCUAAGCAUCCGUUGCUGACCUUGUGCAAAACUGAAGGCUGUGGUGAUGCCUGCUCUAAGUAUCAUGCUGCGGUGGAUGAACCUUUGGAUAACCUGAUCUUGGACUUAUGGGCACGUAGUUGGCACAAAGCGGAUUCUCGGUAUUGUAAGCCAGCAGAGUCUUGCUACUGGUCCGUCUUGGUUCGUGUCCCUGCCAGUGCGCAUCUCACCGUCCAGGGUUUGUCUGGUGUCCAGGGCUUGUACGUGGAACCACGUUCGGAUUGUGGCAAACAGGCUGAUGACAGAUUUGGCAUGAUUUGGUUAGGUGAGCGUUCUCCACAUGACAUGGCACACUUGCUAAAGACCACACCACAUGCUAUUGCCAUUGGGCGUUUGCGGCAGAAAUAUGGACUUCGAUUUCCAAGGCAACACCUUGAAGCGGGCGCAAAAGUCUUGAAGCCUGAUGAGCCAUAUGUGGAUACCCAAAUUCACCGCUUGUAUCGUUUGUACCCCCUUCCGUUUGGGACCCAGCGAGUUGCUUUGCAGAAAUGCCUUACUGAUUGGGGAUGGUCGGCCCGGGUCCGACAAAGCAUUGGAGGCGGUGCUGAAGGCACAGCUUGGGAAGUCGGGGCAUGUGAUGAGCCACCGAAAAGUGUGCUGCCAGGUCCAGAUGGAGAUGUGGCUAUCACCUUGCUUCGUUCUGUGUCCAAGAACAACCAACCUCCAGCUCUUUUGGCAUCGGCAGCCACCAAGAAGUUUUUGCAGACGGCACAGGCCGCAGCGCCCUCCAUCGACCCAUGGACUUUGGGGUCAGAUCCUUGGAUUUCCUCUGCUCCUUCCACUGCAGCUCCUCGCUCAACUGACAAGAUGCAACAGAUUGAAGACCGUUUGCAUCAGCAUGUGGUGCAGGUUGUCCAAAAGCAAGUUGCGGAAUCAGUGCCAACAGGUGAUUCCUGCAUGACAGGCACCCCCAUUGACCUUGAAGACUACAAGGCCCAGACAGAGGCACGCUUCUCACGCUUGGAAUCAGGCAUGACAGAACUCCAUUCUCAAAAUCAAAAGUGUGAAUCUUGGUUUAGCCAGAUGCAUCAAACAGACCAACAUUUAGGGUCACAGAUGGAAUUGAUGCACAAGCAAGUCGAGGUUCAAGGUGCCAAAGUUGAACAGGUCAGCCGUGAAUUGCAUACACAAGUUGGCUCUUUGCAAGAUCGCAUCGCCAGUGUUCAGCAGGAAGUCUCGGCAGGUUUCAAUCGUAUGGAGGCCUUAUUGGAGAAGCGCAUGAGUUCAGCUUGUGGAAUGCUGCGUGCUUGGUCUAGGCAAGAUAAUCGACUUUUGAGGUUGCUCCCGGGUGCUGCUGUUCCUUUGCGGGCUCGGAAACUGUUGCAACACAUUACUGAACAGGUGAUUCACGGUUCUAGCGGCUUUCGCUUUGUUUGUGGUGACUUCAAUGGUGAGGAAGCUCAGUUUCCGGAGUGGGCCGAAUGGGUUAGAGCUGGAUGGCAUGAGGUGCAGUCAUUACAUGCUCGGUCUUUUGAUGAAGGCCCCUUCCCGACUUGCAAAGGUCGAACAAGGCCAGAUCGCAUCUGGAUUUCCCCAGAGCUGGCUGCCAGGUUUUGCAGUUGUGAAGUGUUGGACUCUUUUGCGGAUCAUAGUGUUGUCUCAGCCAAGUUUGAUCUCCCAAUCGAGAAUCCUCCAUAUACCUGGUGGCCCAUGCCUUCAAAAAUCCCUUGGGGCUCCGUGGAUUUGGACUCUUGGGCCCGAUCUUUCCCUGAGUUUCCCGUCUUUACACUGGGGUCUUCCACAACAGAGUAUCUCAGUGCACUGGGUGAACACUUUGGAGCUAGUUUGGGCGGUCAUUUCACUCCUGAUACGCACUCAGGCCUACCUUCCGCAUGCCGUGGGAGGGCUCAAUGUUUCCGGCCUCGUUCGCGGCAGCACCAGUUGCCUACUUUGAAACCUUCCAGGGCGGGGGAGGAAUCUCCACGGUGUGAUCUGGUAGGUCGUUCUUUGCAGCGUUGGUUCACACAGUUGCGACGUUUGCAGUCGUUGGUGCACAAUUUGAAUCGGGCUAGUCAAGCCCCCAGUGCCGUGGCAUAUCGUCUUCAAUUGUGGACUUCAAUCAAAAAAGCGCGUGGUUUCUCUGGCUCUUUCUUGGCUUGGUGGGCUGCCCGCCCUCAUAGGUCCCCUGGUGUUCCGGUUUUGUUUCCCACCGUGUUGCCCAAUGUGACCCUUGCCCAACAGCUGUUUGAUGAGUUCCGUUUGAACUACCGUAUGCUGGAGUCUUGGCAUUUGCGCAAUCGCCAGAAAACCUUGCGUGCGGUUCUUAAGGAGGAUAUGCGCCAGGCAUUUGCUUCAGUUGCUGGCGACGCGAAAGUUGCGCCUGACCGUUUUGUGGACCACAAUGUUGGGCAAAUUCUUGCUGUCGAUGUUGAAAACAAACUGGUUCACGUGGACCGUGAUUUUGCAAUGAACAAUUCGGCACUUUGGUUCGUUGAUGACACUCCGGCUACAGUGUCUCGUGUUGAUGAGUGUGUCUAUGAGGUGACAACCAGCUUGCCGUUGAUGCCAGGGCAGGACUUUUGUCAGCAUGUGCAAGUCACGGACACUGAUGACAUGUUGAAACGACUCCAAGACUUCUGGGAGCCACGUUGGAAUCGGCUUGCGGAUGUCCCUCCUCAGCAUUGGGAUCGUUUGUUAGACUUUGUUCGUGCAUAUGUCCCUCCCGGACAAUUCAUUCCUCCCCAGAUCACCACUUCCAUGUGGGAACAAGUCAACAAAAGAUAUGCUUCCAAUGCGGCACGUGGCGCUGAUGGAUUUGGCCAUUUGGACUUACUUCGCAUGCCUUCUUGCUACCAGGCUGGGCUUGUGUCUCUGUUCAAUGCAGUUGAGUCUGGGUCCCCGUGGCCCUCGCAACUCUGUCUUGGAUUUUGUCACCCGUUGCCUAAGCGAGUGGAUGCUCAACAGGUGGCCGAGUUUCGGCCCAUUGUGGUCAUGUCCAUCCUGUAUAGGAGUUGGUCUGCGUUGCGUUCUCGUUCUUUGCUGGGUCAGCUUAAGCCCUUGGUUGGACCAGAUGUUGUGGGUUUCAUGCCGGCACGUGAGGCUGGGGAGAUUUGGCACUAUGUCCAAAACUUGGUUGAAUUGGCUCUUCAGUCCAAACAAGCUUUGCACGGAGUAGUGAGUGACAUCCGGAAGGCGUUUGAGUCGAUUCCAAGAAAGCCUUUGUUUGCGGUCAUGGCUUGGCUUGGGUUCCCUCCUUCCCUUUUGUCUGCAUGGGAUCGGCUGCGGUUUGUCCGUCGUGCCAUGACCGUGAUUGAUUGGGUCUGGGGGGUUUAUCAGCGGCAGUUUGCUCCUCGAUCUCUCCCACUUUCAUAUGUCGAUAAUUUCGAGAUCCUGGCCUUGGAUUUGGCGGCCGUAUUGACUGGAUUUGCCACUCUCCAAUCAUAUGCUGAGCUUUGGGCCCUGGAACUUGAUAGCGCCAAGACUUUCUUUUGGUCCACCCAGUCACCUGCCAGAACUGCGCUUCGCCAGAUGGGCAAGACUGUGUCGCUGGAAGCGGCAGACCUGGGUGGUGCUCUUACGUAUUGUCGGCGCACUGGCAUGGGCUCCCAAAAGGCCCGUUUUGAGGUUUUGGAUGUUCUGUGGUCUCGCUUGCGCCGCUCCCUUGCGCCUUUACCAGUCAAGUUUUAUGUCCUGCGUCAGUCCUUCUGGUCAAAGGCAUUCCAUGCCAUCGGUAUCACCUUGGUUCCCUUCCGUCGGAUUGGUCACCUUCGGACUCAAGCUUGUCGUGCCUUGGGUUUUGGACUUGCUGGCGCGAAUCCUGGUCUUCGGCUGGCUUUGUUGUGCGGUGAUAUGAAAACAGAUCCUGGAUUCUUUCAGGUGACCCGUGUGCUUGCUGAUUUUCGUCGUUUCAUGGGAAAGGACCCUAUGCUGCAAUAUUCGUGGAAGCAAUUCAUGGAUCACUUUGACGGUCAGUGGCUAUCUGGUCCCUACAGCAAACUGCUUGAGAUCUUUGAUCAACUUGGCUGGUGUGUGCACUCUCCUCCAUGGGUGAGUGACCACGAUGGUUGCAUUUUUGAUCUUUUGCAGAUAUCUUCCUCGCUCUUGGAUACUUUGCUGCAGGAUGCUUGGGUGCAACGCCUUAGUCGCGAAGUGUGCCACCGCAAAGACUACGCCGGCCUGAUUGGUCUGCAUUGGCCUGCCAGCCGUGAGGAGCGUAGACUCAGUGCUUUGGACACUGCUUGCAUCAAUUCUUUACGUGAAGGAGUGUUUCUUUCGGGUUUGUCCCAAAGUAAGUUUGAUAAUGUUAAGGGGGAUAAGUGCUCUGUUUGUCAACAAGUGGACACCCUGGAACAUCGAUGUUUGCACUGCCCUGGUCUGGCGCAUGUCCGGAUUCAGCACACCUGGGCCUGUGAGCACUGGUCACAGUUUCCGCGUUCUUUGACGGAACGCCUUCUGCCAUCUCGCAAUCCUCAUGAGCGAGAUCGCAAAAGGAGCCUGCAUGCUUUGCAGGAUAAUCCAUUGGUUUUUGACUUUCUGCCGGAGGUUACACGAGAUGGCUGGGUUGAUCUGUUCAGUGAUGGUAGUUGCUUGGAUCCUAGUAUCAAAGCAAUAGCGCUUGCAGCCUGGGCGGUUGUCUCGGCGACUCAUGGGCAAAUUGUGGCCUCUGGCCCUCUUGGCGGGCUCCAACAGGAUGUUGAUCGUGCAGAACUUCAAGCCGGCAUGGUUGCGGCACGCUGGACGUGGGAGACGCAGUGUUGUAGUGUCUUGUGGACGGAUAGUGCGUACGUGGCUCGUGGCAUGAACCAUUUGCUUACUGAUCCGGAUGCUUUUGACCCCUCCUCCAAUGAAGAUUUGUGGGCACAGGUGGCGGAGCUGCUUCGAGCUUUGACGACAGAAUGUUUCCGCGUUCAACAUGUCAAUAGUCAUCAAGAUCCGGCUCUCUCCACAGAUCCGGUUGUGGACUGGAUCGUCCACUGGAAUGGAGUAGCUGACAGAUCAGCGCAACGGGCGCAUGAGCUACGUUCCGCACAAUGUCGCACGUUCUGUGCUCAGCAUCGAGCUCAUCACUUCUGCAGUGAACGGCAGGUGGACGCUUUCAGGAACUUGCACUUAGACGUGGCCAAAGCGUGGGCAACAAUUCAAGGACCGAACGGCCCUGAAGAACCACCAGAUGAACCAGUGUCUGCUCCUGACCGCCCUUGGCAAGAUGCGGAUGAUUGGUUGGAUGGGUUGCCGCUUUGUUGGCAACAGAAAUGGCUUGAAGCUCCUACGGCUCAGAUGUUCCCUUUGGAAGUCUCCAGCGCACUUCUCCAAGUACUGAGUGAGGAGCGUGAAAAGGCAGAUGGCGCUGUUUGUUUGUCAUGGCUGGAACUGACAGUCAUGUUGCAUGUUUUAGGUUUUUCUCACCCGUUUGAGAUCUCCUUCCGUGGUAGUACAGUGUGGUCGUUGCCUAGCACAAUUUUACCGGCUCAACAUGGGCAGGUGACAAUGGCAGCGCGGAUUCGUUUUGUGCGUACUUUUUUUAAGAGGCUUGAUGAGGUGUUUGAUUGCGGUGUUGUUUUUGUGAGAGGUUUGAAUCUGGGUCGAUUCCGAAUCCACCCACCACAGAAUGGAUUGAUCGUUUAUGCAAGUGCCGGUACUCUUCGGAGUAUCAACACGAUCUUGCUCAAUUGGACCUCCACUAGGCCAGUUCGCACCAGUAACGAUCUGUGUCGACCUUUGUGA